UCAAACAUUUUUAAACUUUAAAAAGUGUUUGCUUUGAAAAUCUUGUUUACAAUAAAAUAAUAAUUCAAUAUUCAUGUUUAGAUUAUUUUAGAGCUUUUCGGUGGAGAUAUUGCUUAAUAAUUAUAUAAUGACUCUGAACAAAUAACUUAUCAUUAAAAUUAAAAGUGUGAAUGCAUCUGCAUUCAUUAGUAAAGUUUUAGAGAUUAAGCGAAAAUCAUGGGAAAAGACGCCAGAGAAGUGCUAAUUGGAAAAAUCGACGACUGCGAUGCAGAAACUGUACGCAAAACUGCACAGGAAAUGGAUAUCAUCAGACAAAGGACCAUCGCUUAUGAAUAUCUUUGUCGGCUUGAAGAGGCUAAAGUUUGGAUGGAGUCUUGUCUCAAAGAAGAACUUCCAUCAGCUGUUGCGUUCGAAGAAAGUUUGCGAAACGGCGUUUAUUUAGCAAAACUAGGAAACUUCAUUGCACCUGAUCUUCUACCAUUAAAUAAAAUUUAUGACAUUGACCAAAGGCGUUAUAAGAUAAUGGGUCUACAAUUUAAACACACUGAUAAUAUAAAUAAAUUUUUACAAGUUCUCAAAAGAACUGAACUACCAGUGACAUUUCAGCCAGAAACAACAGAUAUUUAUGACAAUAAAAACAUGCCAAAAGUAAUUUACUGUCUGCAUGCCUUGAGUUCACAUUUAUUUAAACUUGGCAAAGCACCUUUGAUUCAUGAUGUAUUUGGUAAAGCAGUUUUUACAGACGAACAACUAGACUCAGUAUCUAAGGAUCUUCAGAAAUGCAAACAUCCACUUCCAGUUUUUCAAAAAAUUAGUGGGAUUCUGUCUCAAAAUAAUAUACCUGAUAAUAUUGCUACUCAAACAGCUUUAGUUGAACUUAAUAACUUAUUGGAUUCUGAAAAAUCUAUCACCCAUGUAUUAUUAGAUCCUAAUCUUAAAAUAAAAUAUGUACAAAACUGCCUGAUUGAUGAAUAUAAGGAAGUUCUAAAAGCUGCAAAGUAUGAAAAAAUGCAAGUUGCCCACAACCACUCAAUAAAUGACAGUUACGUGCCUGAUGAAUAUGAUGAACUUUUAACAUUUGUCGAAAUUCAGGGAUAUAUUACUGCUACAAAUUACAAAGCUUUAUGGAAAACUUUAUGUAGCGCAUGUAAAAAUAAUGACGUAAACAGCUUGCAUAAAAUAUUUAAUGAGGAAUGGGUAAAAGUUAAAAAUUACGAUUCAAACAAUUUGGAUUUUUAUUGCGAUGUUGUCAUAGAAAUCAUUGAAUCAUGUCAAGAUAUUGAUGUUGAAAGCAUAACAAAUUGGCACAAGAUUUUUCAAAACAUAAUAAAUGACGGAAACCGAAAGUCUCUAGAGCAUAUUGAGCACAAGAAUGCAAUUUCUUACGUUAACAAAGUAUUAGAUGAGGGUACACCAGAAGAUCUUUAUAACGCUCUAACAAGUCCAAAGCUCGGUUUAAAUUUCAAAAUCGAUAAAUAUGCCGCACCGCUUUUGUUUGAAGAAAUGAGAUUAGAGAAAUGUGAGUUAGAGAAAAAUCUUAAUGAAAGUGAAAUAGCUGCGUCUGCAUUAUAUUUAAACGCCGUUGCUGCUGUGUCGCAAGCAGUUGAAAGAGGAGAUGAAGUAACAGUUUGGAAUGCUUUAAAUUCAAAACAGAUACAGUUAGAAACACUCAGACCACACUGCCGACGUCGCUAUUUAUCUGCAUUGGUAACAGCUUUACAGGUAAAAGUAAGAGAACAGUGUGAGUGUCCUUUACUUACACUCGAAGAUAUAAGGGACACUAUUGAAAUGGUCAAUAUGAAGGAUGACGACAAUGAUGAGCUGGUCGAAGUGAUUGACAAUAUCAACAGAGCUGUUGCAGACGAAAAUGUAGACACUUUAAUAAAUUUGUUAAAAAGUUCAUGUCUUAAAUUGCCUCUGUCGUUACAUAAGGAAGAGUAUAAUUUGUACAUGAGAACUUUAAAGAAACUUUUGUUACAAAAGGAUUCUGAAAAUCUCUGGUUUGACGAUAUUGUUAACGCUAUUAGUGAAGUUAACAAUGAAUCUCUGAAAGCUAAAGAAUUGACUGAUGCUCUAGUACAGCUUAAUUUAGCUAUUGUGAAAAAUGACGUGAAAGAGUUUUGGAACGCCCUGACAUCCCCGCCAUUAUCUAGUUUAGGUAUUGUGGAGGGAUCGUGCAGAGAUGUUUAUUUCCAAAUGUUUUCUAAAGCAUUAAAGAAAAAGGGACAACACAUUUGUCCCUGGAUUGUAUGUCACACAGAAGCCGGAAAUACAAUAUACAUUGAUGUGGAAUCAUACACCUAUAGUUGGACCACCCCCAAAGAUUUUGUUCCUUAUGCCCGCUACUUAACGAAAAAAGAUAUUAAAGCCAUUAUCGAAAAGACUAAUAAGCAUCACAUCAAUGCAUACAGACAAAAACUAUUGGAGAAAUCUAUCACACGAUUUCAAGCUUACUGUAGGGGCUAUUUAACUAGACAACAUGUUAAAAGGCUGAAAUUCUUUCGAGAUCACACUGAAUAUGUUAUCAAGAUUCAAGCCUGGUGGAGGCGAGUGGUUAUCCAAAGGAAAUAUGCUACUCUGUUCAGAAUGAAGGCAAUCGAAGCUAAACUAAAUAGAGAAAGGAAGCAAAACCCUUGGGCAUGGUAUAAAUCUCAGGAGCAGAAGAUAAUAAAAAUUCAAGCUCUUUGGAGGGGAGUCCGUGCUAGGAACGCGUACAUUUCACUCUUUCACUCGCCAAACCCACCUUUGCGUGUAGUAAAAAAAUUCAUCCCCAUGCUAGACUUUAGUACUGAAGACUAUGACAGAGAGAUAGAACUGCAAAGCUUGAAAUCAGAAGUUGUUCAGUCUAUAAGAAAAAAUCAAGAGCUUUCUAGGCAAAUAGACGAUAUGGAUUUAAAGAUAGGACUCUUAGUUCAAAAUCGUAUAGCUUUGCAGGAAGUUGCGGCUCAUGGUCUCAAGUUAAACAAUUUAGUGAAACACAACACAACAACUUUGGCAUUGAAUCGAAGCGGCAAAGGUCCUUUGAUGACUGUUUCCACUGCUGUCAAAGGUUUGAAAUCUUUGACGAAAGAAAGUAAGCGCCUGUUAGAUGGUUAUCAACACUUGUUCUAUGAAUUGCAAACAAAUCCUACAUAUUUGUCCAAACUUUUGUUUUGCAUCCCUCAAAAUAAGACUAAUUCCUUUUUACAAAAUGUCGUAUUGAGUCUUUAUAACUUUGGCGCGUACGCAAGAGAUGAAUAUUUAUUGUUGAAGCUGUUCAGAUUUACUCUGGAGGAAGAAAUAAGUUGCAAAGUUGUUAAACCUUUUGAUAUAAUAGCUUCUACUCCGUUAGUGCUAAAAAUGGCUGUCAGUCUAUCAAGACAAUUAACUGGGUUAAACAGCCUCGAAACAAUUAUAGGCCCACUGGUGGAAAUGAUUAUAAAGGAUAAAGAUUUGAACAUAGAAACAGGGCCGGUUGAAAUAUACAAAGCUUGGAGAAAUGAGAUAGAGAUGACGACGGGACAAAUUUCAAAACUCCCUUACACGGUGCCACAAGAAGAGGCUUUGACUUAUCCAGAAGUUAAGUCGCGAUUGGACAAAGCCUUGAGGCAGCUCAAAAAUGUCGUGACUAUAUUUUUGGACAAAAUUACAAGCUCAACGGAACUUAUACCUUUUUGUAUAACAUACAUGGCGCGUGUUUUACAUCGCUCUUUGACUUCGAAAUUUCCUCAUACACCAGAAAAAGAUAUUUUGAAGGUGAUUGGUAAUUUGGUUUAUUAUCAAUUCUUCAAUGCGGCCAUAGUGGCGCCUGAUGCGUUUCACAUUAUCAACAUGCCAAAUGGCGCCAGACUGACAACGGAUCAACGCAAAAAUUUAGCUUCUGUUGCGAAAAUUCUUCAUUUCUCUGCAGCCAAGAAAGGAUUUGGCGAAGAGUCCAGUCACCUGCGCUGCCUAAACCCGUUCAUAGUGGAAUGUCACGAGAAGAUGAAGGAUUUGUUCCGGCGCUGCUGCCGCGGACCCACGCUCGAGGAGUACUUUGCCGUGGACGAGUACACGGAGGCCACGUUGCUGCACUACCCGCACAUCUACAUCACUGUACAGGAAAUCGUAGACACGCACGCUCUACUGAUUGAGUACCAAGACAUUCUAGCACCGGACCCCAGCGAUCGACUCAACGAAUUAUUAGACGACUUGGGAGAAGUGCCCUCUGUCGCACAGCUGGCUUCGCGGGAUGUACCUUCACAAAUGGGAGAAGCUGAAGAGAACGCAAAAUUGGAAGUAUGCCUCGCACUUGUCAACAAAUUUCAAGCUCCGGCGGACGACAUGACCGAUUUAAAUAAACUUUUCAUCAAAACGAAAGAACUCUGUGUAGCAAUCAUCCCCUUUUUAAACGGCGAACAUUUGUUAGAAGCCCUGUGCAUCGGAACGACGAGAGAGCAACAAGAACAAUACCUCGAGAAAGUCCGGCGGCGCAUAUACUCCGGCCAAGCGCGGCCCGACGAAGCGAUGACCCUGCGUGAGCACAUCGCCAAGCUACGGCGCAACCUACAAAUGCUCGAGGAUGAAGGAUACGUUACGCGCGAAGACGGGUACCAAGCACUAGUCACAUCCAUCGCCCUCGAUCUGUGCAACAAAGGAAAAUACAGGCAGGCACAAAGAAGAGCUUUGGCAACUUUGUCCCGAACUAAGCUCAGUCUUAUGGAGAAGACCAAGUAUUACGAGGAGAAAUGCAAGUCAUAUGACCAGUAUAUCAAGUCGUGUUUGGCUAAUCUUCACGCUGGGAAAAGAAGUGUACACGCGUGCUUGAGAUCAGGAAAAGAUAUCAAGAAAAUAAAGUCGAAAUUGACGGUAAAAUAUUCAGCUGCGAAGCUUUUGGAAAGAGGAGUUCUUCUAGAAAUCGAUGGACUUUCAACUUCGCAGUUCAAAAACGUACAGUUUGAAAUCACGCCGACGGAUCACAACGGCGUUUUUACCGUCAAAGGAAAGUUCAUGGGGGUAGAAAUGGAAUCUAUCGAGGUAGACAUCCAGGACCUUUUGCAGAAACAGUAUGAAGGAUGCUCUAUUAUGGAUAUGUUCGGUAAAGCGAAAAUCAAUGUAAACUUACUUAUCUUUUUGUUAAACAGUAAGUUUUAUGGUAAGUCUUAGUAGGUAACUUAAUUUAAGAAUUCUUGACUUUACUAUGAUUUUUACUGUGUAUUUCGAAAUUAUUUUUAUUUAAUGAUGUUAUCAUGACUUUAUAAUCGAAUCUAGUUUUCUAUUACUACAGAUAUUUUAAGCUGCAACGAGACAGGUCUGCCCGCGAAAUUCAAAUUUAAUUUGGUUCUUCGCAAUUUGUAAACCAAUACGACAAAGUAGGCUUAUGGCAUUCUAAUUCCGACAAUGGCAGUAUCAUCUU